CUGCUGCACGCAGACAAGAGGAGAGAAUAUCUGUACCAGCUGCAGGAAUUCAUGGUGACGGACAACAGUCGCAACUGGAGAUUCAGAUACGAGCUGGCAGAGCAGCUGAUCUUGAUCAUAGAGUUGUACAGCCACUACGAUGUGUAUGACUACCUCAGACAGAUAGCACUCACACUGUGCUCAGACAAAGUCUCAGAGGUCAGGUGGAUCUCAUACAAACUGGUUGUAGAGAUUCUCCAAAAGCUGUAUGCAUGUGGUGCUGAUGAUCUAGGCCUGAACUUUAUCAACGAGCUCACCGUCAGGUUCUGCCACUGUCCUAAGUGGGUGGGGAGGCAGGCCUUUGCCUUCAUCUGCCAGGCCAUAGUGGAGGAGGACUGUAUGCCCAUGGAGCAGUUCAGCCAGCAUCUCCUGCCCAGCCUGCUCAGCCUGUCCUCAGACCCAGUGGCUAAUGUCCGUGUGCUGGUGGCCAAGGCUCUGCGACAGAGUGUCAUGGAAAAAGCGUACUUCAAGGAGCCAGGUUGCGCCUACUCUGACGAGCUGGAGGAGACUGUCAUGGCUUUGCAGUCCGACAAGGACCGGGACGUCCGCUUCUUUGCCAGCCUGGACCCCAACAAAGCCCUGAUGGACACGGCUCCUUUGAUCUAGCCUCAGCGCCCACCUCCAGUUAACAGCUCACCUGCCUGUCUACCUACCUGUCUGUCUGACUGACGUGCAGUCAGUAUAACCUGCAACACCAGCACCCAACCAGACCCCCCCCCCAACCACUCGCCUGCUGGGCAGACCUGCACCAACGACCACUUGAGAAUCAUGUCAGAUGUUCAGAUUUCAGUAUAAAAGUAUGAGCAUGCUCAAACAAACCCAGUCUCUGGUUGGGCACUACAUAGCGCACAUUACAUCACAACAACAAAAAAAUGCAUACUUUUCAGAGUUUUCAGGAAAUGAGCAGGACUCAGAGGCUGGUGGCACUACUUUGUGGAAGCUGCCAUAUUUUUCGCCUGAACUUUUUGUCACGCUCCACACUAACAACAUUGACUCAAUCUUUCCCCAGUCAUGGACUUGUAAAACUACAACGGGCUUUCUUUCUCCAAAGCUAACUGUAAGCUUGAUAUGAAUUUGAUGAAUUGAAUUUUUUUUUUUUUUUUUUUUUUUUAAAUUCCUUAUUGCUUCUUUUUGAGGAUUUCUUAACGAACAAGCGGGCGAGGCCUGCCUGACUCUGAUGUGUGCACUAACUCAGGGGGACUCAUCUGAACCUAAACAGCAUUAUCAGCUUACAAUGAUAAGCAGCAGCUCCUGGAUCCCUGGUGAAAAAAAAGAAAAAAAAAAAAAAACUACAGCUGUCUGAGCAACGGACCAGCCAAACCCAUGUAGCUCUGCUGGUGUCUCUCGCCUCAUUUCCUCCCAAAUGCCUCUUGUCUCAGACGUCCUCUGUCUUCUGAGAUGUCCUCUGGGUUGUUGUCUGUUUCCCCUUCUACCUUCUCUUCUUCACUCUUUCUCUUUGCAUUUCUCCACCUGGGCUUCAUGGGCCACUGAAACCACUACUACUGCACAGAAGAAACUGAUUCUGCCACUCAGCAUAACUCUUGAUUAAAACCAUAUCUUUGACAUUUCUAAAAACACCUUAAUGAACUGUUAAUUGCCCUCCUCCCCUUCUACAAAAAUCUGUGUCUGUUUACCAAAAAUGUGACACAACGCGUUUCCCAAAACGGCAGGAGACAAAUAAAUGAAAUACCUCUGUGUGGACAUGACUGGCCAGUGUGUCAUACAUGUAGAGGGACAUCUGCGGUUCAAACAGGCUCUGAAUGUUGUUGAUUGGUGAUUCUAUUUCUUGAGUGAUUCUGUGGUGUUGACUGAAACAUCUUAACAAGGGCUCACGAUGAUGUACCACAGGGUGACGUAAAACUCAGAGAGAGGAGGAAGAAAGCUAGCACACUGUUGGAUUAUGCAUGAACCCACCCCACCCACCCUCCCUUUGUGUAUAGUCUAUUCCAGUUCCUUAAGGUUGACCUCCUGACAUGAAUUAUGUGACCAUGGUAGCUUUCAGUGGAUCUGACCGACCAGUUGUACAGUAGGAUAUAGGAAUGGCUGUGUUAGGAGACUGAAAGACAGCUGACCAUUAUUUCCCUGUCUUGGUGGAAUGAUUUAAGUAUGAGGUGUCUCAAAAAUGUUGCUACUCAUCUUUGUACAGCUUAAACCUGUGGAAAGGUAUGUGUUAAUGAAACCAAGGCCAGUUUAGUCGGGUUAUGACCCAUUGAGAUGUGUGAAUAUUGGGAGCAGUCACCAAGUCACUUUUUGUAGUCUCUUGAGCUUGUUUGUUCUCCUCUGUUGUAAAUGGUAACCCCACCUCCCACCUCUUUUUUUUUUUUUUUUUGAACAUAGACAUAACUUGAGAACUUAAGCUGAUUGUGGUGUGUGCUGUGCAUCUCAAAAGUCUUUCUUCCUUCGAAAGGAGAGAUCACUGCGUUAAUGGCGGUGUCUGCUCAUCUCAUCUGUCUGCAAUUUGUGUCCAUCUCAUUUUUUAUGUAGUAGAACAGUUAAUAUAUACAUUUUAUGAAAAUUAUUUUUCUUUUCAAUUAUGCACCACUGUUCAAAGAUUUUAUAUCCUAACUUUACAAAAUUUACAACCUUUGUAAUAUUCAAUGGUUUCUUUUAAAAAGACAUUUUAUGUAAUGUUAUUUUUAGUAUUCUGUAAUUAAAAUGAUGAAAAUUA